AUGGACCCUUUUGGACAAUCGCCUGCGCAGCCGGGCUCGGUGAUGAGUUCCUUGUUUGGAGCCGGAGGACAGACGCCAGCAUCUAACCAGACCCAUGGUACGUCUUGUCCUUAUGAAACUUUACUCUUUUAGGAGCAAACUCGAUCUUGAACUCAAACUUAAUAAUGGGGGGAAAUUCUAUCUUGGGUCCCGGUUCGCUUAUGAGUGGCACCGGUCCAGGCUCAGUCUUUGGGUUAAAUCCUCAAUCAGUCAUCGGGCAGACGCCGCAAUCAAAUGCUCUAAAUCAUGGGCCAGGAUCUAUUCUCGGCGGAUUGAGCAGUUCCGGCAAUGGUCCCGGUUCCAUGUUGAAUCCUUCGUCUGUUUUAAAUGGUCCCGGAUCAGUUCUCAACAGUCUAAAUAAUCCGCCAUCGGUUCUAGCAAGUGUUCGAGGACCAGGUAAGGUGGCUUGAGGUUUAUUAAAUUUUUUUAGAUUCCGUCAUAAAUAGUCAGAAUGGUCCCGGUUCAGUAUACGCGGAAAGAGAACCUGCUUCGGUGAUGAAUUUGAACGGUAUUCCUCAGUAUGGCGACGCGCCUCCUUCGGUAAUGCCUCUGGCUGUUCCAAUGACUCCACUUCAAGCAGAUUUCUUGGGUAAUAGAGACCUAAUGCCAGCCUCAAACAUCCCGACAACGGCAAUGCCGGCAACCCCGAUGAGUGUAGCCAUUGAUGUUCCUUCUCCCACCCUUCAAAAUAUUGUAUCGACAGUGAAUCUAGGAGUUCAACUGGAUUUGAAAAAGAUUGCCCUUCAUGCGCGUAAUGCGGAAUAUAAUCCAAAACGUUUUGCUGCUGUUAUUAUGAGGAUUCGGGAACCAAGGACAACAGCACUCAUCUUUUCAUCCGGAAAGAUGGUUUGUACAGGAGCCAAGUCAGAGGAAGCCAGUCGGUAAGUAUUACAUAAUAAAUUUAUGUAUUUUAUUAGGCUAGCUGCUCGGAAAUACGCUAGGAUUAUUCAAAAAUUGGGGUUUGAUGCAAAAUUUACCGAAUUCAAAGUGCAAAACAUGGUUGGUUCUUGUGAUGUCAAGUUCCCCAUCUUGUUGGAAGCCCUCUGCAUCAAGCACUCUCAGUUCUCAACAUACGAACCCGAAUUAUUCCCAGGUCUCAUUUACCGAAUGGUCAAGCCUCGCGUGGUACUUUUGAUUUUCGUUUCUGGAAAGGUUGUUAUCACUGGUGCCAAGUUUAAGAGGGAUAUUGAUGAAGCAUUCAAUCAGAUUUACCCGAUUCUCAAAGGAUUCAAGAAAUGA